GAAUUCUAUCCCCUGCAGAGGGCGUAGUGCUGCGGUUACAUGAUCGUCGGGUCGUUUUUUUACACCACUUUCGGUUUUUAGUGUAUGUAUAAGAGGGCUUCCAACACAGAGCUUCGGGAAUAGGGGAAACGCACGAUCGGGGCGAGCCUUGCUGGGCUACUGCAUCCUCCGUAGUGACUGAUCUAGUUAGGAGUGCCAAUCACGGAAUCGGUCUCAUUUCUCGGCCAUUGGAGAAAACGGAGACACGCCAUAUGGUCUGUUAAUCGGAUUAUAUCAAGGUUAAUAAAAGGCGGGGUGAGACAUGGUGGAUUACUAUGACAUUUUGGGGGUGUCACGGAAUGCCUCUCCUGAAGAUAUCAGACGGGCGUACAGAAAACAGGCUCUGCGAUGGCACCCAGACAAGAAUCCCAACAAUAAAGAAGAAGCAGAAAAGAAAUUCAAGGAGAUUGCAGAAGCGUAUGAGGUUCUGUCUGAUAGCAGGAAGCGGGAAGCAUAUGAUAAUUAUGGCAGAGAGAGCACAUGCAGUUCAGGUUCGAGUGGGCCUUCCAGCCCUGGAGAAUUCCCCGGAUUUACGUUCACAUUCCGCAGUCCAGAGGAAGUAUUUCGGGAGUUCUUUGGUGGCCAGGAUCCUUUUGUCAGCUUUUUUGAUGACUUUCCCUUUGGUGGUAUGCGCGGAGGGAUGACCAACGGCGGCUUGCACGGCGGGUUUUUUGGGUACCCUGAACCCCCGUUCCAUUCUCCCGGUCGGCACUUCUUCCCCGCACCCCAAAUGGAAUUCACCUCUUUCCCCCCCAUGGGAGGGAUGGCCAGAAGAGAGUUUGUAGGCGGCGGGACGGGCCACUUCAAGUCCGUCUCCACGUCCACGCGCAUCGUUAACGGAAAGUGCACCACCACCAGAAAAAUCGUAGAGAAUGGGCAGGAGAGAACGGAGAUCGAGGAGGACGGGGUCCUGAAGAAGGUCCUCAUCAACGGUGUGGAGGACGCAAUGGCCCUGGGUAUUGAGCUAAGCCUUAGAGACUCACCUGGAAGGUUGGCCCACCAAAAGAAGUCCAUCCUGGAUUCAUCUAACAGCAAGUCGAAGGGCUCCCCCCGGCAGAAGCACAGCCCCGCCCACAGAUCCAGCCCCCGCUCCCGAAAAAGCAGAGUUAUAGAAGAGGAUGAGCAGCUGCAGGUGGCAAUGGCCCGCAGCCUGUCAGAGUUUCGAGAUGGCAGUCCGGGUGGGCGUGGGUCUGGGAACAAGAAGGGCAAGGUGAUCAAGGACCAGCCCAGAGUCGCCAGUGAGAGGAUGCGGUCAGAGAAGGACAACAUCCCUCCCCCGCGAAGGGAUCCCACAGAUCCUGUGAUCAGCCGUGGUGUCCAUGGGGCCAGCCAGGCCCCCAGCAGACCCCGAGAGGAUGAAGAGAGCAACCGGCCCCAGAAUAAUGUCAAGAAGAAACGAAAGUGCAACUGCGUGGUUUGUUGACAUGUGCAUGGAGAACCCAGCAGCAAGAGUGGAGUGGCGGCGGCCAUUUUCCAAGCGUGUACCUCACUUCCAUGUUAAGCCCAUGUUCUCUAAAGUCCAGUGCCUUGACUGAAAGUAUCUUGUCUGUGACCCACCCACCUUCACCAUCUCAUGGGACAUGCCUUCCUAAUGUGUUUUGAGGUGGCCCGCAUGAAAUUAAAUAGACAUUUGACGCUGAUGUCACCCCCAGCCCCACGCUGGCUCCUUGCUCUCCUUCAGCUGCAGUGAAUCCGCUUCAUAUUCUCUGUAUUGCCUUCCCGCCCCCCUCAGAGGCCCCCCUGCUUGUGUGGGUUAAGCUGCUCCUUGUUUUAGUCGUCUUCACGGGUGCCUGUGAAAUGGCCCUGUGUCGAGCCUGUGGAAAUGUAGUAUUUUUCUAGGCUCUUGUACAAAUAUAAAAUAACACUUAUAAAAAUGGGAAAGGAAGCGUAAAACAGAUUUUUUUUUUACAUUAGUUUUGUUGGUUUAAAGGAAGUUCGAAUCUGACAGUAAUAUUAAAUUACUUUAAUCUACUAAAUGGCAGUGGAUUCUCACAUCAGCUAAAUGUCUAUAAAGAUCUAUAGCACUUUUUUUUCCAGAAUAAUGACACCUGUCUUUACAUGUAUGCUAAAUCAGGUGCUACGGAAAUGCCCGGGUGUUCACGUGAAUUCUGUACGUGCAUUGCCACCAAAUUCUACAAUAGUGUUACUCACAUCCGUUAAUAAUGCUAAAUUUAAGCUUCUUAACUUUUUCACAUUUUUUUUUCUGUCAUUCAGUGCCUUUAUGUGUGAUGAAGAACAUGGUGAGGAAGAUGCCAGUUAUUGUCUCAGUUUGGAUGGGAACUUAUAUGAAGUGCGCUAGGCUUUCUUACUGUGGUGUUAGCAGAACGUUUUUGUCAGUAAUUUCUGUAUUUAAGCACAUUUGGUCUUCAGUCUGUAAAAAGACAAUCGUUCAUUUCUCAUGGUUCUUCUCACGAGACUCUAAGGCUCAGCAGAUGGACUGAUGAUGUUUUGCAAUGGAAUUCCGUGAUGGUUGACAGGGAAUAUUUUGAAUAGCUGUCAUCCACACUUCAUUAACAUUAUCAGUGUCAUUUCUGCUAAACACCCAAAGCCACUUUCGUCUAUACUGACGUGGUCAGACGCGAGCUUUACUCAGCAGGGGUAGAUGGGUGAAGGAAACAAAACACAGUCUUUUGAUUCAGUGACAGUCAUAUAUCUAUGUCUUGUGAUUGGGGUGAUUCUGUUGCACCUGGAGAAAAUAAAACAUACAGUAUAAAAAGAAAA